CUGUAGAACUACGGCCACACUGGUAGUAAAAUGUUUUUGUUUUAGCGAGCAUUUAUUGCCUUUCUUUUUGCCGAAAUCUUGGAAAACUAAGCGAAGAUAAGAACAAGGCUAGCAAAGGGUCUUCCGAUGGAAAAGCGUUUAAGUGCGGCUGUGAUAUGGCUGCUCAUGCUUGUGCACGGCGCCUAUGUGGCUCAAGGCGAACGGACGCGCGAUAAGAUGUACAAGCCCAUUCUGGGAGCUAGCUGUUUCCGACGACUAAACGGCACCCACCAGACCGGCUGCUCAUCCACUUAUUCCGGCUCCAUGGGCGUGCUGCAUCGGAUCAAUGUGGAGGCUGACUUGGAUUUCCUGCUCGCCAGUCCCCCAUCGCCACCGUACGCUCCGCUGAUACCUCCGCACUUGUUCACCCGCUACAACCUGAUGCGACUGAAAAUGGGGCCGCAAAACAUCUCGGUGGUGCUGCUGAUCAACAAGCCGGACAAGAUGAAACAGUUCUCCCACGAGCUCAAUUGUCCCAACCAGUACAGCGGAAUCAACAGCAGCAGCAGCGAGACCUGCGAUGCCAGCAAUCCGGCCAAAAACUGGAAUCCCUGGGGCACUGGUCUCCUGCACGAGGACUUCCCCUUUCCUAUUUACUACAUCGCCGAUCCCGACGAGAUCAAGAAGCUGGAGACGUGCUUUGAAAAGUUCAACAACAAAAACUACGAGACGCACGCCCUGCGUAGUCUUUGCGCCGUGGAGGUCAAAUCCUUCAUGUCUGCCGCCGUCAACACUGAGGUGUGCAUGCGGCGCACCAAUUUUAUCAACAACUUGGGUGGCAGCAAGUACUGCGAUCCACUCGAGGGACGCAAUGUGUAUGCCACUGUGUAUCCACGGGAGCCUCUAAUCGAUGGCGGUGUCGAAGUUAUCAGGACGAACGAAAAAUUUAUAAUGGUUACUUGCCGGUUGGACACGGUUAGCAUGUUUGAUGGAGUUGGUCUUGGAGCAAUGGAUUCCCUAAUGGGGCUCGCCGUUUUUACGCAGGUGGAAUCUUUACGGCAACUGCUUCCGCCUCAGAGCUCGCUUCCCGAAUCCCGCCGAAAUGUUCUCUUUGUGACUUUUAAUGGAGAAUCAUACGACUAUAUCGGGUCACAGAGGUUUGUCUACGAUAUGGAGAAACUCGAGUUCCCAGAGUCUGCACGCAGCUAUCCGAUUGCUUUUGACAAUAUAGAGUUCAUGCUGGACAUUGGUACGUUGGAUGACAUAGCUAACAUCAAGCUGCAUGCCUUGAGAGGAUCAGACCAUGCGCAGAAACUGCUGGCGCAGCUAAACAACUAUGCCAAAACACCACGCUACGGUUUCAACCUAAACAUACAGUCGGAGAUUAGCGCCCACAUACCGCCCACCUCGGCGCAGUCUUUCCUGCGGCGAGAUCCAAAGUUUCCCGCCCUCAUUUUGAACGCCCGGCCAACAAACAAAUAUUAUCAUUCCAUUUACGAUGAUGCGGACAAUGUAGACUUUACCUAUGCCAACUCAAGCCAGGAUUUCACUCAAUUAGCGGACGUGAGCGACUUUAAGGGGUUGAAAGCUGAUUCCCUGCAGAUGAAAGUGCGCAACAUAUCUUCAAUUGUGGCAUUGGCGCUCUACCAAACGCUUACUGGCAAGGAAUACACAGGCACCAAGGUGGCCAAUCCAUUGCUGGCCGACGAACUUCUUUAUUGUUUCCUCCAGUCGGCAGACUGUCCGCUCUUCAAGGCCUCGUCAUAUCCUGGAAGUCCCAACGGGUUGCAGUUACCUCCGAUGCGCUAUAUAAGCGUUUUGGGCGGAUCUCAGGAGUCAUCUGGCUGGACGUAUCGUGUUCUAGGUUACCUGCUGUCGCAGCCUCAGCCAAAUAUUCACAAAGAUAACUGUACCAAAUUGCCGCUGCACUAUUUUGCCGGUUAUAACAACGUCGGCGAAUGUCGUCUUACGACCCAGAACUACAGCUACGCCUUAAGUCCGGCUUUUCUUAUUGAUGAUUAUGAUUGGAGCUCAGGCCAAUACUCCACAUGGACCGAGUCCACCUGGUCCCAGUUCAGUGCACGCAUCUUCCUGCGUCCGUCCAAUGUGCACCAGAUCACAACACUCAGCAUCGGCAUAGUGGUGCUCAUCGUAUCCUUCUGUUUGGUGUACAUAAUUAGCUCACGUUCGGAAGUCCUCUUCGAGGACUUGCCAGCUAGCAAUGCCGCAUUAUUUGGUUGAUGAAGUUACAACUGCUGCAGCGGAGCCAUCAUCAUCGUGUUCAGCUCGUGUUCAUUCCACAAAACUUUGCAUGCAUGCGCGUUAACUGUUUUCGAAGUAGUUAGUUUCCUAGAGUUCCCAUUUAUUGCUCUCUGAUAUACAUAUGUGUGCCCUUUUAGGUUGCCGCCGCCGACGGCCUGUUAGUCAGUGGACUUCUUCAAGAAAAUCUAAACAAAUGCCAGGAAAUUAUCUAAACAAAGACACUAAAAUGAUAUUCUAAUUCGUAAUUUAAGCCAUUAAGCAAACGUUUAUUUAUAUGUAUUUUUGUAUUUUAAACAAGUGAAUUAGCCUCUAGCGACUAUGUUGUAUCAUAUAUAAUAGAUAUUUAACCAAUUGCGACAAAAUCA